GAUUAAAGGCAGCUUCCCCACUAUAUAAAGCCCCUCACAAAAGGGUAACCAUAAAUGCUAGAUUUCUAGCUCCUCCUCUUUGAUUUCUUCCUCCUCUGGUCAAUUUUGAUCAUCUUUUUUCCAUUCAAAAUGAAUUUCAUAUCCAUCUGAAGUUGGUCAUGAUUUUGUGAUUCCGUUAGAAAUGAUGGGAAUGUCGAAGAAAAAGAAGACGGCAAAGAACUGGUUCACCUCUGUCAAGAAUGCCUUCAAGUCCUCAGCACCAAUAUCAUCAUCUCCUUCAUCCAAGGAUUACUCUUUAGCCAAUAAGAUAAUAGAGGAGGGACACGAGAUACCGGAGAUUGUGUCGCUUGAACAUUAUCCGGUUUGCGAUACUUCGUCUCUGACGACGACAAUAGAUGAAAAUAAUGUUGAAGCAGUGGUAGAGAUGAGAGAUGAAGAUCGUAGACGAAGUAAUCAUGCGAUCGCAAUGGCAGUUGUUGCAGCAGAAGCGGCGGUUUUAGCUGCUCAUGAGGCUACAAAGGUGUCUAGGUUUUCUAGUUAUAAUCGUCGCAGGUUUUAUGGUUACUCUAAAGAAGAAAGAGCUGCCACCAAAAUACAAUCCCAUUACAAAGGAUACUUGGCACGAAGAGCUUUGAGAGCACUGAGAGGACUAGUGAAGCUACAAGCACUAGUAAGAGGGCACAAUGUUAGGAAACAAGCUGAGAUGACAAUGCGAUGUAUGCAAGCCAUCGUUCGAGUGCAGGCAAGAACAAAAGCAGAUCGCCUCCGUUUACAGGGUGCAACUUCUCGCGACAACGAGAAAAACAAAGGUAAAAAGAGAGCAACGGAGACGUGGAAUAAUAGCAGGGGAAGGCAGCAGCAGGCGCGCAAUAGUUUCAGCUUUGAGAAUGAAUACGCGUCUCAGAAGAUCAACAAACAAGAACAUUAUCUUUCGAGUAAUUCAAUGACGAUUCAAAAUGAAAGAGCCCUUGCAUAUGCUUAUCCCUACCAGGACUCGGUGUCAAACCGUCAGAACUCGGUUGAUUCAUAUUCGGAUGAAAAAACAAACCAAGGUGGCUGGAACUUGUUGGAUCGUUGGAUUGAUUCGCAACCAUGGCAUCGUGAUAAACAUGUCGCAGCAAUACCGGAGAGCUCUUACACCAGCCGUACGUAUAACACCGACGAUGAUAAUGCGUCUGAAAGAACGGCAGAUACGGACUUGGUAUCAUUAUCACCAAGUUAUCAGCUCCGGUUUAACCCAAUUUCUAACCUGUCAAAGCUCGGUAUAAACUCGGCUGGCUCGGUCCCGAUACGCCAGCGGAAACAAAGAGUUAUGGUUUCGGUGGAAACAGAAAAUGUGAAUACACCGAGUUACAUGGCUACGACUCAGUCAGCAAAAGCAAAGGCAAAAUCGGCACAGAAUUCUUUAUUAAGCUCUUCAUCAUCAACUAGGAGGAUAUUUUUGAACGAUUUGUCAAUGAGUUCAAGCACUGAUGGAAUCGGAACCGGAGAAGUGAGGACAAUGAACCAACUAGGUCCAAUUAAUAGCCCAAGUCCAACAAGUAGUCAAAAGAUGAUGCGUUUGUUGAAGAUGGGAAAGCCCAUUAAAGGAGUAAGAUAGCUCUUAGCCUAAUUGAAGUGGUGGACUCGGUUUAUCAAAUAAAUUUUCAUUUUCAACAAGAUCUUCAUAAGUGCAAAUUGGAACAUUGAUUAAUAAUCUACUCUUAAACACUUGAGUUUGGGUUGUUAUUCAA